AUGUCUGCUAAAAUUUUAACAAAAAAAGAACUCGAAAAACUAAUAAAUGAGGGUGAUAAAUCAGUGAAAUUUGUACAAAAAAAGACAAAGUCAAAUUCAAGUGAAUGGUGGCAAUUUUAUCAUAGUAUUUUUGUGAACGAUCACCAGCAAGAAUUUGUAUCUUGCAAUACAUGUAAAACUUUAUUAUUUGUUACAUCUACAAGCGGUACGAAUACUUUAAAAUGUCAUUUCAAUUCAUGUGUGCAACAAAAAGAUAAAUCAAUGGGUUGUCAUCAACAAACAGUGCGUGAUUUUUAUUCUUCGUCAAAAACAACACCAAUUCCCAGCAAAUUGAAAUUACGUGUUACACAAGCAUGCACAGAAUUUUGUGCAGUUGAUGGUCGAGCAUUCGAUGUUAUAACAGAUGAUGGUUUUCAAAAUCUUGCAAAAGUUUUAUUUGAUGCCGGUCGUUCAUUAUAUAAAUCUUCAAUUGAAAUAAAAGAACUUCUUCCACAUUCAACAACAGUUAGUCGAAAUGUUACUCGUCUUUAUGAAGAAUAUAAAUUGCAUUUGGUGAACAUAUGUGAACAACUCAACAGUUUUUGUUUAGUGGUUGAUCAAUGGAAAGAAAGUUAUACCGGUAUUAGCUAUUGUGGUAUUGCUCUUCGAUAUGUCGAUGAUAAUUAUAAAUUAUUUACUUUUAUACUUGGUUGCUUUCCAUAUGAUGCAGACAAUCAUUCAGCACCACAUCUUCGAGAAUUUAUUAUUAAAAAAUUAGAAGAAUUUAAAUUAAAAUUAGAUUUAAGUAAAUAUGUAGUUAGUGAUAAUGAGCCGAAAAUGCUUGCAACAUUUCGUGGUUAUUGUAUUCGUGUGGGAUGUGCGGAUCAUUAUCUCAACAAACAACUUCAACAUGCUUUUGAAUCAGAACAAUUACAUGUUAAUAAAAAUGUUGUUGAAAAAGUCGAUUGUGAUAUUGUUCAAAAUAUGUUUAAUCAAAUUAAAAAAGUUGUUUGUCAUAUACGACGUUCACACCAACAACAAACUUUAUCUAAAAAAGUUGUCUCUUACAGUGACACUCGUUUUAAUGGUGCUUUAAUGAUGAUGGAUAAUUUUGCAGGACUUUUUUUUGAAUUACCAUCAGCUUUAGUUAAUAGCAAUUUUAUGAUGAAUUACAAUUUGAUUGAGAAAGAUUUACUCGAUUGUGUUUCUCGUCGUUUAAAUAAUGCUUGGCCAAUAACAGAUGAACACCGAUUGGCAACCAUUUUGCAUCCCAAAUUUAAAAAGUUCGAAUGUUCUCCUAAUGAAAAGGAAAAAUCUAUUAAUGUAUUAAAAUCACAAUUUCAAAAGCAUCAAACAAUCAUUUCUCCAUCUUGUACAAAUUCAUUAGUCUCGAAGCAUUUUGUUGUUCAAUCUUCUUCAUCAAAUACAACACCAAAACCAAAUAAUCUUCUAUCCCAAUGUUUUGAUGCGAAAGUUAAAGUAGUUGAUGAAAGAUUAAAUCCAUUACAAGAAAUUGAUGAUUACUUAAAUUUUGAAUUUGAUGAAAGUUAUUAUAUUUCUGACAACAGUGGUGAUAUUGAUAUAUUAUUAUUCUGGAAAAAACAACAACAUUUAUUUCCAAUUUUGUCAUCAUUAGCUAAAGUAAUAUUUGCAAUACCAGCAUCCAAUACUAUCAUUGAACGACUCUUCUCAUCAUCAAAAAAUGUUGUGACUGAAAAGAGAACACGUUUGAGUGCUAGCAAGAUAAACGAAUUGUUGUUUUUACAAAAGAAUUUAAAUACCCUAAAAGAACUUAUCAACAAUAAUAAUCGAAAACGAACAUUAUCCAUGUCAUCAACAACCACAGCAUCUUCUGAUGAAUCUUCUUACACCACAGCUAAGCAACAACGACUUGAUACUGAUGAAAGUUUAAACGAUUUCGACAAUAUGGAAGUUUUUUUGGAUUAG